GCUUAAUAUGGUGACGUUGUUGUAGAACUGUGGCGAGUGUUGAACUCUCUUGAAACAAUAACAAACAAUUUAUUUGUGUUCGCCGUGUGUUUUUUUGUUUUUUAAUCACGAAUCUAAAUUAGACUUGAACAACCGGCUCACGAAGGACCAAAAAAUAUUUCCAGUGCUGUGUCUAAAUUAUAUCUACCCUACCGUACCAUAAUUGCAUAAUUUUAUUGGACUGAUAUUUGUUUAACAUUAACAACCUAAAACACAAAUGAACAUUUGAACUAAAACCAGUAAAGGACUACCAAAGUGUUGGGUGUAGGCGAAAAAGUGUCGAGUACGGUGUCUGGCAUGACCGUGCAAGACGAAUCCAGGGCAAUGCCGCAGACAGCAGCUACCAGGUCCCGGUUCAUGAUCACCGAUAUCCUCAAUGGACCGGCAGCAGAUGGAACCAUCAUGAGGGGUGGCAGAUCGCCCAGUCCUGGACCCAGAGAUUUAUCUCUGCAUUCAAACCCAAUCCAUGACAGUGAUACUGAUAGUUCCGGGCAUCCAGAUACCUCUAGUAUAUGUUCAAAUGGUCCAAAUGGGGACGACUCAAUAAACUCGAAAGGUUCCAGUGGGGCAAUGAGUAAAAAACAAAGAAAAGCAAGAACAGCGUUCACGGAUCUACAACUACAAACGCUAGAAAAAAGUUUCGAGAGACAAAAAUAUCUCAGUGUACAGGAUAGAAUGGAAUUAGCGGCGAAACUCAGUCUUACGGACACACAAGUCAAAACAUGGUACCAAAAUAGAAGAACAAAGUGGAAACGACAAACAGCCGUAGGUCUUGAACUACUAGCAGAAGCUGGCAACUACGCUGCUUUCCAAAGACUAUACGGUGGACCACCAUACGGUUGCUGGUAUCCACCACAAAACGCAGGUCCUCAGGCAGCUCCCACAGCCGCCGAUCUCUACUAUCGACAAGCAGCUGCAGCUGCAGCAGCUACUUUACAAAAACCACUUCCCUAUAGGCUGUAUCCUCCUGGAAUGGGCCUGGGAAUUCCCGGACCAAGUGCACAUUUGGGAUCCCUAGCGGCCAGUAGUUCAUUAAGCAAUUUGUCUAGUUAUUAUUCGAAUCAUACUUCUGAAGGUCCUUCUCCUAGGUCACCAAGUCCGGAUACUCCCUUGGAUCCUGGAUCACCAGGUUCACCAGGAGGUCGGUCACCUCCUUCAGACGAUGAAGAUACCAUACAUGUAUAAAGUUUGAAAAAAAAGGUGUUCGUGAUAAUGUGAUAUAAAUUGUAUUAUAAAAAAACCAAUAAUUUAUUUUAAUGCUUUUAAGUGUCGUAUAGAGACAGGCAAUUUUUUUUUGUACAUUGAAGGCUUUAGUGUAAAUAAUAUUCGGUAACAUUCCAAAAAAUUGCUGGUUGUAUGAUAGCCAGAUGUUAAGUUAAUCGAUACCUGUAUGAUUGCACCCCAAAAUUUGAUGUAAUCUUUUUUUUUAUUUUUCUUGGCUCAAUAACUAUGUAUAUUAAUGUUAAAUUUAGUAAAUAUUAGAAUAAAAAAUUUAAAGUUUUUAUUACAAA